AUGGAAAUAAUCGGCUCCAACCUGCGCACCGGCGACCGGGAUUUCCUGGAUAACCAGGCACGCAUGGAGUCCCUGGUCGAUGACCUCAAAGAGCGGCUGGGUCAGGCGCGGGCCGGCGGCGGACAGCGCGCCGUGGACCUGCACCGCAGCCGCGGCAAAAUGCUGGCCCGCGAGCGGAUCGACGGGUUGGUGGAUGCCAACACUCCCUUCCUCGAGCUCAGUCCUCUGGCAGCGUGGGAUAUGUACGACGGCGAGGAAGCGUCCGCCGGUAUCGUGACCGGCGUCGGCGUGGUGCAGGGCAAGGAGGUGGUGAUACUCGCCAACGACGCCACGGUCAAGGGCGGCACCUACUACCCGAUAACCGUUAAAAAGCACCUGCGCGCCCAGGAGAUUGCCCUGGAAAACCACCUGCCCUGCAUCUACCUGGUGGAUUCCGGAGGCGCGUAUCUGCCGCUGCAAGCGGAGGUGUUUCCCGACCGCGACCACUUCGGGCGUAUCUUCUACAACCAGGCACAGAUGUCAGCUCUGGGCAUUCCCCAGGUGGCGGUGGUCAUGGGGUCGUGCACCGCCGGCGGGGCGUACAUUCCGGCAAUGAGCGACGAGGUGGUGAUGGUGCGGCAACAGGGCACCAUCUUUCUCGGCGGGCCUCCGCUGGUGCGGGCGGCCACCGGCGAGGAGGUGGAUCCGGAAACCCUGGGCGGGUCCGAGGUGCACACCCGCGUAUCCGGUGUGGCCGACCACCAGGCCGCCGACGAUGCGGACGCCCUGGCCAUCACCCGCGACAUCGUCGAAAACUUCGUGCGACGCCGCAACCCGCCCUUCGAAGUUUCCAACCCCGAGCCUCCCGCUUACGAUCCCAUGGAGCUUUACGGCAUAGUGUCUCCGGACAACCGGCGGCAGUACGACGUCCGCCAGGUGAUCGCCCGCAUCGUGGACGGGAGCCGCUUCCACGAGUUCAAGGCCGAGUACGGGGAAACCCUGGUCUGCGGCUUCUCGCGCAUUUGGGGUUAUCCGGUGGGUGUGGUCGCCAACAACGGGGUACUCUUUUCGGAGAGUGCGCUGAAGGGGACGCACUUCAUAGAGCUAUGCAGCCAGCGCGGCAUCCCGCUGUUGUUCCUGCAGAACAUCACCGGAUUCAUGGUAGGCAGCCGGUACGAGGCUGGCGGCAUCGCCAAGGACGGGGCCAAGAUGGUCAUGGCAGUGUCCAACGCCGCCGUCCCCAAGUUCACCGUGAUCAUCGGCAGUUCCUUCGGAGCCGGCAACUACGGAAUGUGCGGGCGAGCCUACCAACCCCGCUUCCUGUGGACGUGGCCCAACGCACGCAUUUCGGUGAUGGGCGGGCAGCAGGCAGCGGAAGUCCUGGCCACCAUCAGGCUGCAGCAACUGGAGCGUCAGGGUCGGACGUUGGAGCAGGAGGAACGCGACGAGUUGCAACGGCCCAUCCUGGAAAAGUAUGAAGCCGAGGGAGAUCCCUAUUACAGCACCGCCCGACUAUGGGACGACGGCAUCAUCGACCCGGUGGACACCCGCACCGUAGUUGGCCUGGGGAUCGCCGCUUCAAUGAACGCCCCCUUCCCGGAGCAGAAGCGGGGCGUGUUCCGAAUGUGA